AUGAAUCGCGACAACGAGUCCAAGCCGGCCUACACCGAGGGGAUUGAGAAGCCCGGUGUCGAAUACAACGAAAAUGAAAAGACAGAUGCUGCUCACAGGGCCGAGGCCAUCAUGGCCGAGAAUGUCGAACACAACAUGACAGUGCUUCAGGCCGUCAAGGCCUACCCUAUGGCUUCAUUCUGGGCUUUCGUCUUUUCUUGCACGAUCAUCAUGGAAUCCUACGAUGUCUUCCUCAUCGGUAACUUUGUCGCCCUUCCCGCCUUCAAACAGAAGUUCGGUGUCUACGAUGGAGUAAAUGGCUAUGUAAUCGAAACAAAAUGGCAGUCCGCUCUGCAAGUUUCUGGACAACUCGGCGCUCUCAUCGGUGUCUUCGUCGCUGGUCCUUUGACCUCCCGCAUCGGUUACCGCUACGCUACCUUGACUGGUCUUAUGCUUCUGAAUGCCUUCAUCUUCAUCUUCUACUUCGCCAACUCCAUGCCCGUCAUCUUUGCCGCUCAGAUCCUCGAGGGUAUCCCAUGGGGUAUCUUCAUCGCCAACGCUCCCGCAUACUGUUCUGAGAUUGUNCCUCUCAGACUCAGAGCUCCCGCAACACAGAUGCUGCAAAUGUUCUGGGCUAUCGGCAGUAUCAUUGUUGGCGCCGUUACCUACGUAUACAACCCUAUUCUCGAAGAGAGAGCUUACAAGAUCCCAAUCGCCCUCCAAUGGAUGUUCCCGACUCCUCUGGCCAUUCUCGUCUUCUUCGCACCCGAGUCCCCCUGGUGGUUGACUCGUAAGGGCAAGUACGAGCAGGCCGCACACUCCGUUGAGCGUCUUGGUCGCAGAUCUCAAGUCAACUCGGCCGACCAAGUAUCUAUGAUGCGUCGUGUCAUUGCGAUGGAAGAGUCCGAAAAGAAGCCCAGCUACGUUGAACUCUUCAAGGGAACUGACCUCCGCCGUACUCUCAUCGUCUGUGGUGUUUACGCCGCCCAGAACUUGACUGGUAACUUGAUCGCCAACCAGGCUGUCUACUUCUUCCAGCAGGCCCACGUUAGCGACGACUUGGCCUUUGCUCUCGGUCUUAUCACCUCCGCCCUCCAGAUGAUUUUCGUCAUGCUGUCUUGGAUUCUUACUACUUACUACGGCAGACGUUCCAUCUACUUGUGGGGUUCGGCCGUCAACACCAUUCUCCUCAUCGCUCUGGGCAUUGCUGCUUCGUUCGGCAUCUCCAACACCGCCAACCUCGCUCAAGCUUCUCUUGGUCUGAUUGUUUCCGUUCUUUUCACUCUCGGUCCCGCUCCCGCCUCCUGGGUCAUCAUCGGUGAAACCUCCGCUAUCCGUCUCCGUCCUCUCACCACCGGUAUCGGUCGUGCUACCUACUACAUUGUCGAGAUCCCUUGCAUUUUCCUCGCCUCCUACAUGCUCAACCCCACUGGCGGUAACCGUAAGUUAUCCCUUGCAAAAUCCGAUGAUCAGAGCAAAGUGCUAACAUAUAAUCACNNAGUCGGUGGCAAGUGUGGUUACGUCUGGGGUGGCACCGGUCUGCUGUGUCUUGUCACUGCAUACUUCUUCCUUCCUGAAAUGAAGGGCAGAUCUUACCGCGAGAUUGACAUCAUGUUCAAGCGCCGCAUUCCUGCUCGUCACUGGAAGAAGACUGAGAUCGACGUCAACGAUGAUGAGUAG